ACCCCUUUCGUGUGUAUGUUUGGUACAAGAGGCACCGACAUUCCAAAAUAUACUACACAUUAUUCCCAAUUAGAACUUUUUAAAAAGGGGUUAACGGGUGGGCGUGUGUAGGGAAUUUUCUGUCGAUGCCACAUACAUGAUAUUCAUCUUACAAUAAGCCAAGAGUAAAUCGCUGUGAUUUGUAGCAUUCAUUAUACUUUACUAUCCGAUUGUCCAUGACAAAAAGUGAUUAUUUGGAAUAUUGAUAGAAAACUAUGCAAACUAUGCUGAGGCGAGGGAAUAACAACCAUCAUACAUGAAGUUGAAAUAUCUAUAUGCGACAGACAUGACAGAAUAAGACUUCUGCUGGAAAUGAGACUGAUGGUUGAACGAGGCAUGGGCCAAGAACGGGAAUGUGCCUGACAUAUUUGCUGAAAAGUACAAUAUAACACUCUUUUACAGAUAUGAAUUGGAAGCGAACUUCUGGAAGCUACAACUUCAACGAAGCCUUCGUGCUUGGCGAGACUAUUCAAAAAGGAAAGCAUGAGGAAACCAUCAAAGAGAGGUCGGAGUCGUUGUCGAGUGUCGAGGACGAUGGGCCCGUGGCCAACCCGAGGGGGUUACCUACCAAAGCCGCAAGCAUCGACUUCGGAGUGGACGAUGAUGUCGACGGCGGGAAGCCACUGCGGAAUUGUUUCAUGGGAUGCUUCGUCGUCUUUGUCGUGCUGGCCAUGAUGACCUGUGUGGGGAUUCUUCUCUACUUUAUUCUGAUUAACACAGUAUUCGUUGAUAGUGACAGCCGGACCCUCACAGGUCCGUUGACAGUAGAAGGAUCCUUACUCUUGAACGAGACUUAUCAUCCAGAUUUGGCCGAUCCAGAAUCAACGGCUUACAGAGAAAUGGAAAAUGAAUUUACUAGUGCGAUGAGUGGAUCGUUUGGAAAUAGUUCCCUAGCAGACAUUUAUGACAGGACGAGAGUUGAGCGCUUCGAACAAGGAAGCAUACGAAUAAUUUUCACAGUUUUUCUUUCCUCGGCACCGAAUGAUGCUGUCUCGGAAAUGGAAGUCAUUGUCGACGUGCAGGUCACAGUCGGCAAUGGCAUUUCUUCUGGCUUCUUCGACGCUUUUGAAAUUUUAGAAGACUCCCUAGAAUUUACAUCUGUAAAUCAACAAAGUCAGACGACUGUCAGGCCUCCGAUAACGGCCUUCGUCGAAUCGACGCCAGAAACAACUGCAAUUCAUUCUGUAACUAGUCAGGUCAUAUCGUCAUUAAGUACAUUGUUCUCAACACCCAUAACAUCUGUAGGAACAGUAGCACCAACAACUAUACCGAUCACAACUCGAGGUUUUUCCUCACAAGCACCAGCAUUUCCAACUACCAAAGUAAUUACAAUGUCUCCCCAAUCGAUCACUUCAUCCCCACCUCCCUCAACAAGCGAGGUAGCAGCCACAGCAUCAACAAUGAUUGAUGACACAACCGGCACGGAUCAUCGGACAGCUCAAUCAUUUCCAACUGAUUCACAGACUGUAGGUACCAAUUUAGCAAAUCUGACUUCAGUAUCACCCACGACCGUAAACAACUUAAGCAUUCCACCGUCCACAGUCGAUGCUACCAUUACAUCACCUGUGAUUCAAUCUACAACAUCUUCAACGGAAGCAGACCAUUCAACACGUACUUUUAAUGGUACGUCAACGUUGACUUCACUUCCGGUAUCAUCAGACACUACCAGCCCUUCAAUCACUAGGACAGUAUCAUCAAUGUUAACAACAGAAGCUACAACAGCUACUGUAUCUCCUACUAACAGUUCACUUACUACUCUGACAACAGCUUCCCAACGGUCAACCGAUCCCGCCACACAAACGACCGCAGACGGCUCCACAUCCUCAAAUACAAACACGAGGUCAUCGUCAUCGACAACCUCAGGAAUGGAAGCGAAUGUUACAAGACAACCAAAGAUUCAUCCGGCUUUACCAGAUACGUGUGGUGCUCCAUCAGCACUGAAUGAUAGCACUACCGGUGGUACAGCCCGAAUCGUUGGUGGGACUCUAGCACCAAACGGGAAGUGGCCGUGGAUGGGUUCGCUUCGGAGCGGAAGAUCACACCAGUGUGGCGCCGUCUUGAUACAUCAAGAAUGGGCCAUUACGGCUGCUCAUUGUGUAGGAUUCUUUGAUAACAUCGUUCUUGGGGACAAUGAUCUCGCUGGCACCACAGACACCUCGCCAUACCGGGUUGAGCGAAACAUCCAACAUUUUUCAAAUCCAGACUUCAACCCCGUAAACGAUGACGGUGACAUUGCCCUAGUCCGCCUUACGGAACCCGUGGAGUUCAACGAUUACGUCCAACCUCUCUGCAUCAAUACGUUGACGACGGAAAUGACGUCAUUCAAUAACUGCUUCGUCAGCGGAUGGGGCACUGAUGACAUCGAUGUUCAAGCAUCAAUGAGAUAUCUAAUGGACGCCAAUAUUCAGAUGUUUAACAGGAGUAUUUGUAGCCAGUGGUACACUGAUAUCCACGCCAUUACUAAUCAACAUAUAUGUGCAGGAGAAGAAAACGGUCGUAGGGACUCUUGUUCGGGUGACAGCGGUGGCCCCCUUCAAUGCCAGGAUGACCAGGGAAUAUGGUACUUAUUGGGUGUGGUCAGCUUUGGUCAGGGCUGUGGUGAGGAAAGACUGCCCGGUGUCUAUACCAGGAUAUCUACGCAAAUAUCAUUCCUUCAGGGCAUAUUAGACACAAAUUUAAAAUCAUGACCAUGUAUUUGUAAGAUGUAGCAAUAUUAUGCAAUUGGUUCAUUGUCAUGUCAUCUUACGUAAAGAAGGUGGAAAAUUGCUUUUAAUUUUUUUGUGUUAUUGUUUUUUUAGGAGAUGAGCAUUGGUUGGAAACGAAAAAAAAUUGGUUGAUUUUUCGGUGAAAUAAAUUUCAUGGAAAUUUUUACCUAACAUCUGAUCCAUGCUUAUUUUUUCAUGAACAUGGAAAUUCCUUUACCAGAAUUAGACAAAACGAGGUAUGUUUCUCUAAUUUGAUAUACAAUUUAAGAGAUGUUCAUUUGUACGGAAAUACUCAUAACAUUCUAAUUGCUUCGGUUGGAUAAUUGAAAUACCCGUUCUUUCAUCUGUUAUAGGCCUAAUUUACUCAGACCUACAUGUACCAUCAGACCUACCUUCGACUUUGUAGUUAUCUUACGAUUAGGGAAGAAAUUGAUUACUGAACUACGUGGAAAUUGCACUUGAUACUUAUAACUUGCAAAUACACAACGGGUAAAGACUCGUCUUUCAAUCUGAGGGACGUGGGCUCGAUUCUCAGCCAUGCCACGUUUUCAUUCAGCAAGAAAUUUAACCACAUUGUGUUUCACUCAACCCAUGUGAGGUAAGUGGGUACCGGCAGGAAGUUAUUCCUCAAAAAGCUGUGAGCACCGGAAUUGGUAGACUAGCUCAGUCGGGGUAAGGAGCGCCUUGAGCUCAUAAGAACGUAGAUACGUGCGAUAUAUAAAUCCUAUAUCCUAUUCAGGAGUAAAAAAAUCGAACCAUAAUUGUACCUAUAUAUAUUUCAGAGCCAUGUAUGUAACCAUUCACGUGUUUCAAUAUCAUGAUGCUAUUAAGAUGGUAAUGCAAACCUAACCACCCCAUUCACAGCUGUUUCGAAGAAACAUGAGUGUACGCAAAAACUGAGGACAGUUGUCAUUAUAUAAUCUUAUAUCAAGAUCUGGUACAUUUACAUAAGCUAAGCAUUGUGAAAUAAUAAUAUAUCUAAGUUUUAAAAACGGUUAUACUGGAGAACACCAACAGAUAAUGAGCACACAUGGGACAGUGUAUCAUUAUGUAGUGGGACCCGAAAUCUGGCUCGAAUCCCAUGCUAAACUUUUCAGUUAGGACAUAAUUUAAGAAAUCCUUUGCCACGUAGUUUUUAUUUGUACAUACAAACACUUGGGUGGCAAUUUUAUUAGAUUCUUGCACGAACUCAUUUUUAAACGAUGUCUGGCAUCUUUUUAUAAGUGAUAUUCAUUUUUAUAUUCGUCAUGAGAAGGAAAGCCUGAUUCAUAAUUAUACUGAUAAAAGUUUUGAUAUUUAACUUGAUAUAAAGAUGUAUGGGUACCCCUGCU